AUGGGUGAUUAUGGUGGAAUGGAUAAAUCUACAGUUUCAAGAAUAAUGGUGAGAGUGUCUGAGGCUAUAGCUUCAUUGGCAAACAUUUACAUAAAAUUACCACAAACACAGGAAGACAUUUUACGAACUCAGAGAAAUUUUUUUAAUAUUGCUGCAUUUCCAAAAGUAAUUGGUGCCAUUGAUUGUACACAUAUAAGAAUACAAUCUCCAGGUGAUAGUGCAUACCCUGCAAGACCUUAUUUAUUUACACCAUUACUAAAUCCUCAAGGCCCUGCUCAACAAUUAUAUAAUGAAUCACAUAUCAGAACAAGAACUAGAGUAGAACACACGUUUGGUCUUUGGAAACGUAGAUUUCCAAUAUUAGCAUAUGGAUCUCGUUUACAAAUCAAUACAGUAAUGACAAUAAUCAUAGCAACUGCUGUAUUGCAUAAUAUAGCACAACGUCAAGGGGAAGAUAUUCCUCCACCUGUUGAUGAAGAAUUUGAUAUUUUAGAAAUUAUUGCACAUAAUCGUGUACCAGUUCUUCCUUAUCAUCAAAAUAAUGCAGGCAAUGCAGGUCUACUAGCACAUUAA